AGAUGACACCGGAAACCCUUCAAUAAAACUCCGGAGUAAUUCAUCUUUGACAACUACACGAUCUUCGCUGCAACUCUUUGGACAUAAAACCAGCAACUCCGCAAAGAUUUAAGCUGCCAUCCAACUCAGCUGGGCCGACAGGAGAGAAGGGGAGAACAACACCCCUGGUCUCCCUUAGCUGAUCCUGAGUUACCCUGCUAGCCAUGGAUGACAGCUCCUCACUGGGUAAAGUCAGCAGCUCAACCGAGUCCGUGGCCACCGUCACCAGUGAAGAGUUUGUUCUGGUUCAGUCCAGCCUGGCCGGUUCACCACAGAGCUCUGAGGGCAGACCGAGACUCAAGAUGUCCUGGAAUGGAAGUGAUCAGCUUGAAAAGGCAAUGGAGGAGGUGUUGGAUGAUGAUGAUGAGGUGAAGGUAGAAAAGAGCUGUGUGGAACAGAUGGAGAAGCACAAAGAACCCGAAAGCCAAGAGCCUGUGACCCAACCCACAGAAGCAUGUCCAGCACCAUCCAGUCCCAGUGUCAUUGAAGAGGACAGCGUCCAGUUCAACAAGCUAUCAUACCUGGGUUGCACGUGGGUCAAAGCCCCUCGCAACGAAGCAGAGGCUCAGAAAGCUAUGGCGACCCUGCGAGCGGAAAGUGCCAUCCCGAUUCCCAUCACCCUGCAUGUUCCCUGUGGCCCAGAUGGUUCUGUCAGAAUCGUCGACCAGGCCUCAGGGACAGAGAUCGCCUCCUUCCCCAUCUACAAGGUGUUGUUCUGCGCCCGAGGGCGGGAGGGCUCUGUGGAAAGUGACUGUUUCUCCUUUACUGAGAGUUACCGAAGUUCAGAGGACUUCCAGAUUCACGUUUUCUCCUGUCAAAUCAAAGAGGCUGUCAGCCGCAUCCUUUACAGUUUCUCCACCGCCUUCCGGCGCUCCUCGCAGCGAGCCGACAUCCGGGACCAAACGCUCUCUGGUCCCCCUGACGGUGAUCUCUACACCUUCAUGGUCUCACUGGAGAUCAAGGAAGAUGAUGGCAAAGGCAACUACAACCCCGUGCCAAAAGAUCGGGAUAAGUUUUACUUCAAGCUGCGACAGGGGGUCCAGAAGAAGGUGCUGGUUUCUGUUCAACAAUUGUGCAACAAGGAACUGGGCAUCGAAAGGUGUUUUGGGAUGCUGCUAAGUCCUGGACAGAAAGUCUGCAACAGUGACAUGCAUCUUCUUGACAUGGAAUCGAUGGGAAAGAGCUCGGAUGGAAAGGCCUACAUCAUCACAGGAACGUGGAAUCCCAACAUGGCAGCUUUCCAGCCACUUAAUGAAGACACACCUAAAGAUAAGCAAAUCUACAUGACCGUGGCGGUGGACCUGGUGGUGACAGAAGUGGUGGAACCUGUUCGCUUCCUGUUGGAGACCCUCGUCAGGGUCUAUCCAUCAAACGAGCGCUUCUGGUACUUCAGCCGAAAGACCUUCAGCGAAACCUUUUACCUCAAACUGCGACAGCAGGCCCCUGACAGAGUGAGUCAGAGUGAUGCUGUGUAUGAAGUGGUGAGCCUUCAGAGGGAGGCAGAGAGAAAAAGCGAGGAAAGAGAGCGGGUCACCUCCCAAAAUGAGGAAGAAGAUGUCGAUGAAGACAGUGACAGUGAAAUCUCCAGUGGAACUGGAGAUGUUUCCAAAGAUUGUCCGGAGAAAAUACUGGAGUCCUGGGGAGGAAUCCUCACCAGAUGGCACGGGAACCUGUCCACUCGUCCGAAGGGUUUACCCUCGUUGGUCCGCAGUGGCAUUCCUGAGCCACUUAGAGCUGAAGUCUGGCAGCUGCUGGCUGGGUGCCAUGACAACCAUGACCUGCUUGAACACUACCGCAUCCUCAUCACCAAGGAUUCUGCACAGGAAAGCGUCAUCACCCGUGACAUCCACCGUACUUUUCCAGCUCAUGACUACUUUAAAGAAUCUGAUGGAGAUGGGCAGGAUUCAUUGUAUAAGAUCUGCAAGGCUUAUUCUGUCUAUGAUGAGGAAAUUGGUUACUGUCAAGGCCAGUCUUUCUUGGCUGCUGUUCUUCUUCUACAUAUGCCAGAGGAGCAAGCCUUCUGUGUGUUGGUGAAAAUAAUGUACGAUUAUGGCCUCAGAACUUUGUACAAGAACAACUUUGAAGACCUUCACUGCAAGUUCUAUCAGCUUGAAAAGCUGAUGCAGGAACAGCUCCCAGACCUUUGGGCCCACUUCCAGGAGCUGAACCUGGAGGCACACAUGUAUGCCUCCCAGUGGUUCCUCACCCUCUUUACGGCCAAGUUUCCCCUCUGCAUGGUUUUCCACAUCACUGACUUGCUGCUUUGCGAGGGAUUAAGUAUCAUCUUCAAUGUGGCCCUGGCCCUGCUCAAGACAUCCAAAGAGGACCUCCUGCAGGCAGACUUUGAGGGGGCCCUCAAGUUUUUCAGAGUGCAACUCCCUAAGCGCUACAGAGCAGCAGAGAACGCCCGGCGGCUUAUGGAGCAGGCCUGCAACAUAAAGGUAUGAGAGAACACCAGAAAACUAAAACACGA